AUGGGUUUCAGUCUCAACAACCCCCUGCCCUCUUCCAUGAGCAGCGAAUGUCGCAAGACAGGAAAGAUUCUAGCAUCCUUUGUCGACCCCAGACAAGCCUUUGGACCCGACAAGAUUAUUCCCCCGAAUGUUCUCGCCAAUGCAAAGGGUCUCGCGAUUCUCACAGUAUUCAAAGCUGGCUUCCUCGGCACAGCGCGAUUUGGUUCAGGUGUCGUUGUCGCUCGUCUCGCUGACGGAUCGUGGUCGGCGCCCACAGCCAUCGGAACCAUCGGCGGCGGCUUCGGCGGACAAAUUGGUUUCGAGCUCACCGACUUCGUCUUCAUCCUGAACGAUGCAUCGGCAGUGCGUACAUUCGCGCAGGCAGGAUCUUUGACACUCGGUGGCAACGUCUCUAUUGCAGCGGGGCCAGUUGGUCGCAAUGCCGAGGCUGCCGGCGCGGCAAGCUUGAAGGGCGUAGCGGGCAUCUUCAGCUACAGCAAGACCAAGGGACUUUUCGCGGGUGUCAGUCUGGAGGGAAGCGGUAUCAUCGAGCGGAGAGACGCCAACGAGAAGCUGUACGGCCGCCGAUGGACUGCGCGCGAGAUUCUCAGCGGACAGGUUCCCCCACCACCAGCCGCCGCCCCGCUCCUACAGGUACUCAACUCGAGAGUUUUUGCUGGCGUCGGAGGAGCCCAGAACGUUACGAACGAUGCCAUGUACAACGACAUUCCCGUCUACGACGAUUCGCGCGACAAUGUAGUAUGGCAAGGGCGCCAGGGUUCAGCAAUGGGCGAAGGCGUACGUAGGGAUCGUACAGGUUCUCUAGGCCAAGGAAACAACGACUACGAGUACAGAGACCGACCACAACGCUCAUCUGGCUGGGAAGAUGACGUUUACGAUCGACAACCAUCCUCAGCACCCCUCGGUCGAUCCUUCUCCACGCGCGCGAACCCCAACGAGACAUUCGACCGCAUGGACACACGGAACCGCUCCUCCACUUUUGGUGACGACUACUCAUACAGCGAUCGCAAGCCCGGCCGACCGACAGCUCCAAAGCCAGUAUUUGGACAAACAACGGGUCAGAAGAAGGCGGGGCUACAAUCCGACCAGGCGAUUGCCAAGUUCACCUUUGACGCAGACCAACCGGGCGAUCUGGGCUUCAAGAAGGGCGAGAUCAUCACGAUUCUGAAGAGGACAGACAACGAGACAGACUGGUGGACAGGCAGAGUCGGGAACAGAGAAGGCAUCUUCCCAAGCAACUAUGUCGAGACUGUCUAG